CCCUUGUACACGUGUUGAACCGUCCACCCUCGGUUCCCACGUGUCACAAAUCACGCGCACCCGUUUGGCACAUUUAUCUCACCAAACCCCUAUUCUCUCAAAAUCUCACAAGGCCCAAAUAUUCCUCCUCAUGCCACUUCUCUCAUGUUCUCAUUCAUUCCCUCGUAACAAAGCAAAGCAAAUAAGAGAAUCAAAAGAAUAAAGCUAUAUAUUUGUAUGCUUAAUUUGUGAUCAUCAUAUCAUGGAUUCAUCUUCAGGGUCUGAGUCUCAGCAGCACCCACAGCUCCCUCCAGGGUUUCGGUUCCACCCCACAGAUGAGGAACUAGUGGUUCACUACCUCAAGAGAAAAGCAAACUCCGUUCCUCUUCCUGUUGCCAUCAUCGCUGACGUUGAUCUCUACAAGUUCGACCCAUGGGAACUGCCAAGUAAAGCAACGUUUGGUGAACAAGAAUGGUACUUUUUCAGCCCAAGGGAUAGGAAAUACCCGAAUGGGGCAAGGCCUAACAGGGCUGCUUCUUCUGGGUAUUGGAAAGCCACCGGAACUGACAAGCCCAUACUUACAUCUAAUGGUCAUCACAAAGUUGGUGUUAAGAAAGCCCUUGUUUUCUAUGGCGGAAAGCCUCCAAAAGGGGUCAAAACCAGUUGGAUCAUGCACGAGUACAGGCUUCUUGGCAAUUCCUCAAACCCAUCUUCUCUCCUGCCUUCAGAUCAUGCACAUAGCAACAAGAAGACUUCCUUGAGACUUGACGAUUGGGUGUUGUGCCGAAUAUACAAGAAAAGUAACAGUACCAUCCUGCCAAGGUUACCUUCGAUGAUAGAGCAGAAUAAGGAAGCUUCUACGGAGAGUACUAUGCUACCAAUGAUGUCAACUUUGUCGAUGGCUAAUAACAAUACUCCUCAGAACUCCAACCCCACAUCUUCGAGAAGCGCAAGUUAUGGACACCAGCUGGCACUAGAUCAAAACGAUGAUAACUUCUUCGAUGGAAUCUUAGGAGUUGACCAGAGCAUGCAGCAACAUGUUUCUGAUGCAAAGGGAAACUUCCCUGUGAAACGAGCACAUGAGUUUUGGAAUGACACUGGGUCAUCCUCUUCAAGCAGGCUCAGGCGAUUCCAUUGUGAUCUCAACACUGUUGAGGAAAACAGUUCCUUCGUUUCUCUGCUUAGCCACCUCCCACAGAACACAACGUUUCAUCCAAACGCGCUUCUUGGCCCUGUUGGUACUGGUGUAUUGAGGCAACAGCAGUUUCAACUUCCAAGCAUGAAUUGGAAUUAAUGCAUAGGGUAGAAACUUACCACCUUCGAUAUAUAAUGUAGCUGCAAUUGUAGGUCUCUAUUAAGUUUUACCUUUGCCUUUAUAUAUUAUUUUUCUCUUCCAACUGUAGCCAUAUAAAACAAGAGAGAGAGAGAUCAUGACUGUACGUAAGCCUGUAUUUGUGAGUUUUGUCUUUGAAGCUUAUAUUAAACUAUAUAGUAGAAUACUACUGUUAUGCAUCA